AUGGGCAGCCAAACGCUGCGGGAAGAGUUCCUCCAGGCGUCAAGCCGCAUGCUGUUCUUGUCCAGCCCAUCAACCUCGCGCCAUCUGCAAUCUCAAAGCAUCGAGCUGGCACAUUCACAACCACCUCCGAAGACGCCAAAUAUGGCACGCGAUGCUUGCGCUGCAUGUGGAAACUUGUUCAUCCCCGGAUGGACGACAAAAACCACAAUUACUACGCGGACGGGUAGGCGUGUUCAGAAGCCUUCACCCAAGACCGCCAUUGUCCGAAGCAAAAUAGUCUCUAACUUAUGCCUCGUCUGCCAUCGAACGACAAGGGAGGUCGGAGUGUUCAAAGUCGACACCAGAAAGAAGCAGAGCAAGACUCCUGGGACGGCUGCCGUCGCCUCCACGGUGUCUACAGAGAAGAGUGCCCCCGUUGAACCAGUAGUCGAACAACCAGCCAAAAGCAGUAGCAAAAAAAGAGCAAAGGCCAGGAAAGAUCACGAAGGUUUGCAGGCUCUUCUCAACAAGAGUGCACAGAACAAGCCCGCGCCCAGUCUCAGUCUCAUGGACUUGAUGAAGCGAUGA